AUAAAAUAAAAAAUUGGAUACCUACGUGGGUGAAUCGAUAUGGUCGUUCUAUCAGUAGUUGAAAAAAAACUGUAACAUAGGUACAACCACAUAAUUUUUUAUACAGUUUGAUGCACGAUUAAAAAAUGCGAUUUUGUACAUUAUUAUCCAUCGUGGUUUGCUGUACGAUUAAAGUUCACACGGCUCCGUUGCAAAAGAGAGAUGUCGAAACCAAUUCGGAAAAAGGAAAUUCUGAAAUCGAUAAUUUAAAACAACAGGCGUCUAGUACUUUUUCCAAUCUACCCGGUAAAAACAACAAUGCCAACAAACCAAAUAACAUUGGACAAUGGGUAAAAGGUGUGCCUUCUAAAUGGCCUGUAAAGACAAAAGCAAACAACGGUGGCAAACCAAAUGGUAAACAAACAUCCAACAAGAAACUAAAAGAAAAGACAAACCAACUAGACGAAGAUGAAAUGACAGGGAAUAUGUUUGAAGAGCCCGAAACUGAAGGCGAUACUGUUGCUAAAGUCGAACAGGAUGGCUCCGAAAUGCCCAGAGAGGAAUCAGUAGACAAUAACCAGGAAAACAAUGCAAAUAAUAAAAAAAAUAAUAGCACUAAAAAAAAAAAGAAAAACACUCGUAAGAAUUAUCCUACGAUGGUUCAAAAUCCAUUGUAUAUUGGCGGGUUACUAGGUUUUCCACAUGAAAACAUGGACAACGAAGGCAUAACGACACAUACUGAAGUAUGGAAAUGGAACGACGGCGAAGAAGUGGUGCUAAUAAACGAUGUUAACCCAAAAUCAAGUAAUCAAAAGUCCAACAGUGAUAAUGUUUUUCUUCGGGAGAAACGAAACUUCGACGAAAAAAAUAUUCCAUUUGUAGCGGAAUUUGUACCAAAAGACUAUCAACAUGCCAAUUUAUAUUCGGAAACACAAACACCCAAAAAAAAUAUUGAAGAAAAUGAAAAUUAUGGCAGUACAAAGAGUUUAACAGGAAAUGACGAUUAUGAAAAAGAUAAUGCACAGUUAAGAAAUGAACUUGAUGAUGACAGUGUCACUAUAUCACCCGAAGAACAAGAUAGUUUGAUUCCGCAAAGUGAACUUAAGGAAUCACCUAAAGAUUUACAAUUAAAGGAAAGUUUUUUUGAAUUCAACAAAGAACAUAUAAACAACGAGUUAACAAAAAUUGAGUCUAAAACGACACCAUUUUCAACUUUAUCAAAUAAUCACGAUGACGAUGUCUACAGAAAUAAUAUAAAGAAAAAAAUUAUAAAACGUUUAGUACCAAAAAUAAACCUUACAAAACCGAAUGAAAAAAUCAACGCUAUUGAGAAUGAUGAUGAAUCCUUACAACAUAAUUUUAAUAACGACGAAAGUAUUAAUUCAAAAGAUUCUAUACCAACAGAACACUCCACUAAUGAUAAUAUACAAACAAAUAAAAUGCGAAAUAUCGAAAGCAAUCGAAAUCCUGGACCUGAUCAGCUUCUACAGAGUGAUAAAAUAAGAAAUGGUCUCGGAAACCGUCAAUUUUUUGAUAAAAAAGAUAGAACAACAGCAAAUUUAGACGAAAAAGAAAAAUCAGACGAAUUACCUAGUUCUUCCACCAAAAAUGAAAUAAGUGACAAACUGCAAAACACUAACAAAGACAAUUUGGAUGAAGACGAACUCAAAAAUAAUAAUUUGUUUUCAUCGGAUGAUUUUUUUUUGGACGGCAGUAUACUCGAUACAGAUGACAAAAAUAAUGUUAAUGUGUCAUAUUUAAACGAAACAUUAGAUAACCCUGACGAUAAAAAUAAAAUGAAUGAUGUGUCACUUAAACCAAAUGACAAUUCCCGCUUAGAACUGUCAUCUUUUGAGUCAAAUGAAGUAAAUAAAAUACCACAGACUGACACAGCAUAUACUGAUAAUUAUGAAAAGAACCAUAAUUUGAACAUUACACCACAGAACGAUGACAACACUAAUUAUGUACAAUAUUUGGACGAAACUCCAAAUAUCCCUGUGGAAGACCCUAAACUGGAAAGCUUGUCACUCAAUCAACCUAAAAUUCCACUCCACAACCUACAAUCACAUGUAUCUAAUGACAAAAAUAAAAAUAUGAUUAUAUUAAAUAAAGAUAAACUAAAUAAUAAUGAUUAUAUUUCAUAUAAGAAUGAUUUAAAUAAACCUAAUGAAAACAACUUAACGAAUGGUUUGACAUUUAAUGAAAACCCGAUUUCAAACAUUGAAUCGUCGAACCAAGUUUCCAAAGAAGAAAAUCAAAAAAAUCCACAAUAUGGUAGCAAAACAAAUAAUGACGCAUCAAACAAUCCUUCAAAAGAUAUGAAACCAACUGAAAAUAAUGUUCUCCCAUCGAAUUCUUGGAUUGACAAUGACAAUUUUUUUGAUAAAGCCGAUAAAACAGAUUUAGAAAUGAAAGACCGGGCUCCAUUCAUUGAGGAAACAUCUGCUAUUCCUAUUGAAAACGAUAUAUCUCACGGUUUGUCCAAAAAUCCAAAACAUGACGACCAAACGAAUUUAUCCGAAUUAAACAAUAAUCAAGAUGAUAUCAAACCUAAUAUACAUGAUGUUCUUCUUUUAGACCAGUUGUUUAUUAAUGAUAACAAAUUAAAACUGGAAGACAACGAUAAGGACACGCCUCAACUAAAAGAUGAAACUUUCAAUAAACCUGAUGAAAACGUCGUACCGAAUGGUAUGUUGAUUUAUGGAGAGCCAAACCCAAACUUUCAUUCGCCAAAUAACGUAUACGAACAAGGUAACGGUGAAUAUCCUCAACCAGAUGAUUACAAAAGUAAAAAAACAAAUAACAGUUAUCCAGAUAAUAUCGCACCUAUAAAAAACGACAUCUUGUCUUUAAACAAUAUACUUGGUGACAAUUUGGUAAGUGACAAUGAUAAAUCAAAUCAGCAAAUUAACGAUGAAGACACGGCUCAAUUAAAUGAGAAAACUUCAAACAGUUCUGAUGAAAAUGUCAUACCGAAUGGUUUGGCAUUUAAAGAUCAGCCGAACCGAAACAUUCAAUUGUCAAACCAACAAGAAAUUAGUACAUAUCCACAAUAUGGUAACAACACAAAUAAUGACGUGUCAAACGAUCCUUUAGAUGAUAUGAAACCAAAGGAAAAUCCGUGGAAAUCUUGGUUUGGAUAUGGCAAUCUGUUUAGUGCUAAAGAUGAUUCUAAAAUGGGUGUGAACGAUAAACUUGAGUCUCCGUUAUUAAAGCAACCUCUAGAUAGUUCUAAUAAAGAAGGUAUACUCAAUGGUUUACCAAUUAUUGAAAAGCCAGAUCCUAUCCAAACAAAUAAAGUUAUAAUAAACAAUAAUCCAGUCGAUAUCGAACCUAUGGAAAACGAUGUCUUUUCUUUUAACGACAUACUUAGUGAUGAUAAUUUGUUUGGGGAAGAUGAUAAACAAGAUAUGGAAACAAACGACAAAGACGCGAUAAAAUUAAAGGAAGAGACUUUGGAUAAACCGGAUAGAAAUGACAAUUUAAAUGACUUACCAUUUAAUAAAAGACCAAUCCCGAACAUUGAAUCCCCAAAUCAUGUAUAUGAUAAUGAUAACACUGCAGAUUCGCAACCAGAUAAUCAUGCAAGUAAGAACCCGAUUAACAGUUAUCCAGAUGAUAUCGAACCUAUGGAGAACGAUGUCUUGUCUUUUAACGACAUACUUAGUGAUGAUAAUUUGUUUGGGGAAGAUGAUAAAUCAGAUGUGGAAAUAAACGACAAAGACGCGAUUAAAUUAAAAGAGGACACUCUGGAUAAACCGGAUAGAAAUGACAAUAUAAAUGACUUACCAUUUAAUGAAGGGCCAAUCCUGAACAUUGAAUCCCCAAAUUAUGUAAAUAAUAAUGAUAACACUGCAGAUUCGCAACCAGAUAGUUAUGCAAGUAAGAACCCAAUUAAUAGUUAUCCAGAUGGUAUCGAACCUAUGGAGAACGAUGUCUUGUCUUUUAACGACAUACUUAGUGAUGAUAAUUUGUUUGGGGAAGAUGAUAAAUCAGAUGUGGAAAUAAACGAAAAAAACGCGAUUAAAUUAAAUGAGGACACUCUGGAUAAACCGGAUAGAAAUGACAAUAUAAAUGACUUACCAUUUAAUGAAGGGCCAAUCCUGAACAUUGAAUCCCCAAAUUAUGUAAAUAAUAAUGAUAACACUGCAGAUUCGCAACCAGAUAGUUAUGCAAGUAAGAACCCAAUUAAUAGUUAUCCAGAUGGUAUCGAACCUAUGGAGAACGAUGUCUUGUCUUUUAACGACAUACUUAGUAAUGAUAAUUUGUUUAGGGAAGAUGAUAAAUCAAAUCUGCAAAUUAACGAUGAAGACACGGCUCAAUUAAAUGAGAAAACUUCAAACAGUUCUGAUGAAAAUGUCAUACCAAAUGGUUUGGCAUUUAAUGAACAGCUGAACCAAAACAAUGAAUCCUUUAACUAUGUUUCUAAUGAAGAUAAUAAAAAAAAUCCUCAAUAUGGUAGUAACAAAAAUAAUGACGUGUCAAACGAUCCUUUAGGUGAUAUGAAACCAAAGGAAAAUCCGUGGAAAUCUUGGUUUGGAUAUGGCAAUCUGUUUAGUGCUAAAGAUGAUUCUAAAAUGGGUGUGAACGAUAAACUUGAGUCUCCGUUAUUAAAGCAACCUCUAGAUAGUUCUAAUAAAGAAGGUAUACUCAAUGGUUUACCAAUUAUUGAAAAGCCAGAUCCUAUCCAAACAAAUAAAGUUAUAAUAAACAAUAAUCCAGGCGAUAUCGAACCUAUGGAAAACGAUGUCUUUUCUUUUAACGACAUACUUAGUGAUGAUAAUUUGUUUGGGGAAGAUGAUAAACAAGAUAUGGAAACAAACGACAAAGACGCGAUAAAAUUAAAGGAAGAGACUCUGGAUAAAUCGGAUAGAAAUGACAAUAUAAAUGACUUACCAUUUAAUAAAAGACCAAUCCCGAACAUUGAAUCCCCAAAUCAUGUAUAUGAUAAUGAUAACACUGCAGAUUCGCAACCAGAUAAUCAUGCAAGUAAGAACCCGAUUAACAGUUAUCCAGAUGAUAUCGAACCUAUGGAGAACGAUGUCUUGUCUUUUAACGACAUACUUAGUGAUGAUAAUUUGUUUGGGGAAGAUGAUAAAUCAGAUGUGGAAAUAAACGAAAAAAACGCGAUUAAAUUAAAUGAGGACACUCUGGAUAAACCGGAUAGAAAUGACAAUUUAAAUGACUUACCAUUUAAUGAAGGGCCAAUCCUGAACAUUGAAUCCCCAAAUUAUGUAAAUAAUAAUGAUAACACUGCAGAUUCGCAACCAGAUAGUUAUGCAAGUAAGAACCCAAUUAAUAGUUAUCCAGAUGGUAUCGAACCUAUGGAGAACGAUGUCUUGUCUUUUAACGACAUACUUAGUGAUGAUAAUUUGUUUGGGGAAGAUGAUAAAUCAAAUCUGCAAAUUAACGAUGAAGACACGGCUCAAUUAAAUGAGAAAACUUCAAACAGUUCUGAUGAAAAUGAUGAACAGCUGAACCAAAACAAUGAAUCCUCUAACUAUGUUUCUAAUGAAGAUAGUAAAAAAAAUCCUCAAUAUGGUAUUAACAAAAAUAAUGACGUGUCAAACGAUCCUUUAGAUGAUAUAAAACCAAAGGAAAAUCCGUGGAAAUCUUGGUUUGGAUAUGGCAAUCUGUUUAGUUCUAAAAAUGAUUCUAAAAUGGGUGUGAACGAUAAACUUGAGUCUCCGUUAUUAAAGCAACCUCUAGAUAGUUCUAAUAAAGAAGGUAUACUCAAUGGUUUACCAAUUAUUGAAAAGCCAAAUCCUAUCCAAACAAAUAAAGUUAUAAUAAACAAUAAUCCAGAUGAUAUCGAACCUAUGGAGAACGAUGUCUUGUCUUUUAACGACAUACUUAGUGAUGAUAAUUUGUUUGGGGAAGAUAAUAAAUCAGAUGUGGUAAUAAACGACAAAGACGCGAUUAAAUUAAAAGAGGACACUCUGGAUAAACCGGAUAGAAAUGACAAUAUAAAUGACUUACCAUUGAAUGAAGGGCCAAUCCCGAACAUUGAACCCCCAAAUCAUGUAUAUUAUAAUGAUAACACUGCAGAUUCUCAACCAGAUAAUUAUGCAAGUAAGAACCCGAUUAACAGUUAUCCAGAUGAUAUCGAACCUAUGGAGAACGAUGUCUUGUCUUUUAACGACAUACUUAACAUAAGGCCUAAUAUUCAACCGCAUAUUAUUAAAAAAAAACCUAAAAUUGAUCAACCUAUUGAUGGUACAGAAAACAAUGGUUUCAACUUAAACCUAAAUUCAGACAAUAUUGGCGACAUUAAUAAUCAAUUGAAUGCUAAAAACUCAACCAAACUAUAUAAACCGGAUAGUAAUAUUAAUAUAAUUAGUGAUAUCAAAAAACCGGAUCCAAACCACAUAAACUAUUCUAACAAAGGAUUUUAUUCAGCAGAAAUAGUUGAGAAACCAAAAAAAAAAGGUGCAACAAAAAAUAAUAACAGUUUAGAUUUACAUUCAACACAAGAUGUUUCGGAAUUUAAAAAAAAACCAAAAUCUCGUCAAAAACCUACAAAAUUCUAUGACAGUUCUCCAGAAGAUGACGUGUCAAGUUUGCAAGUUAAGAAAAAUAAAAAAACGGCUUCCGGUACAUACGAAAAUCCCAAUUACACUAUUGUUUUACCAAAUACUCCUCCUGUAAUAAAUAUCAGCCCUGAAGCAACACCGGUACCUUCAAAUCUGGAUUCUAUUUUUAAUUCAUCUAUCCUUGAUAAAUAUGACUUGUAUCCUAAAGAUUUUUGGAAAUUUAUGCUUCAGAACCCAAAUAUAUAUAACCAAAGUAAAAAUAGUCAUCUUAAUCAAAAUAGUAAUGAAUUACCAACACAUAAAUUGAAAAAUCCAAUUGGAGACGGUAAUAAAAAUAAUCCCAAUAUAAAUACCGUUGACAUUUUCGAUGGUACUAAUCCUGAACUCCAUAACAUCAAAAAAUCAGACGGUACAUUUAGACCUUUUACGCCGAACCGUUACAAUAAUGACCUUCCUGCUCAAAGAAAAUCAAAUAAGGGUAAAACAAAUUAUUUUAAUAUAAAUACGUAUUUGAGUCAACCUACACCAACAGACAAAAAUAGUGUUAAUAGCAUACCACCCGUCGACUCUAGUACUAAUUUGCUAGAUAAAAGCCAAGACAGUAUACAGAACUAUGGUUCAAAAAAUAACAAAGCCAAUUCAAAUGCAGCUGAUGAUGACAGUAAAACAAUGAAGAAUAUGAACCAAAACUGUUAA